AUGGAUGAACUGGACAGAGCACUAUGCGAUGAGACAUCAUUCCACGAUACAGCUUUGAAAAACCCCUUUGUCCACUCCAUUCACAUCUCUCCAGCUCGUCGAGUGCAACUGUGGCUUUUCGCUGUUUUCGUCUUCCCCUUUCGUCUCAUUUUCAUGUUAACCUUUCUCUUCCUCACCCUCUUCUUUGGCGAAUUGGCCACCCGAAGGAUGGAUUUUUCAAAACCUAUGGCUGGUUUCCGGAAGCAUAUUCUCCUGCCAGCCUUCAUAUUCUGCGGUCGCAUGCUUUUCUACAGCGGCGGUUUCAUAUGGGUGGGUCAUAAGGGCAGGCGGGCCAGCUGUGAGGAGGCGCCGAUUCUUGUGCUGGCACCCCAUUCCUCAUUCUACGACUCUCUUGUCUUUCUCUCGCUGGGCAUGCCCUCUGUUGUAGGUAAGACGGAGACGGCGCUUUCGCCCAUUGGUUCAUUUAUAAAGAUGACUCAGCCCAUCCUGGUCAAUCGGGAUGACCCGUCAUCGCGGCAGAAUACGCUCGCUGAGAUUAGGCAUCGAGCCCUCUCCAAUGGCAUGUGGCCACAAGUCCUCAUUUUUCCUGAGGGCACUUGUACGAACCGGUCAUGCUUGAUUAACUACAAGCAAGGUGCGUGGAAUCUGUGUCAUGGUUUCGCUGCCAAUCUGGCCGCCAACCUCCCCACAACGGAACUCAGUUUCGAUGACUGUCACCGCAUUCGUAAGGCUAUCCAGUUUAAUCUCCCCAUGGCCUGUCAUAUCAAUGAGUACGGCAAACUCACAAAGUAUCUGUUCCGCGAGCCUCGAUCCGAGGGUCAAAUCUCAACCAGCCAGGUAGCCUACGUGACUGAACGUCUCCUCUCCAUGGCCCAGGCUGCGCGCGAGUGGUACGCGACAACUAUGGUGGCAGGGUGCUCUGAGGCCUUGACACCCUCUAAAUUGGCCUACAUCUUCCUGCCCUCUGGUUGCGAGGCUACCAGAGACACGCCGCGAGACAAAGUCACCCUGCUUCGAAAGGUGGUGGCUACGCUUCCUAAAGCCUCUAAUGGUCACCCGGACAUUCGUAUCUUGGUCGUUCAUCUCUGCUUCCUAAUGUUCUCGUCUUCGCCCUCUGUUGCUAUGCAACUGGCAUUUCAGGUUUUUGACACAACGACCACUAAUUGUGCCUCUACUGCUGUACCUAUCGGGGACGGUGGCUGUGACGGCACGGAUAAUUUCGCCUCGCGAUCGAUUUCAGCGGAUGAUGCGGUUCGUCUUCUCACUGCUUCAUAUCACCUCUCCACCGAGGAGGUCACUGCAUUACUGCCUUCUGGCGGCACCAAGGAGGGCUCUCACCACCCUGACGUCAUUACACCGGAUUAUCUGGCCCAGGCAAUGAGCAGCCACCAUCCCAAACUCGUGUCUAUUUACGAGGACUACAAGAACGAGCUCAUUCGCCUGCGCGGUCAGUCGGAGCGAGCUAUUUCGGAGACCUCUUCCACUUCCAACUCCAUCUGCAGUCUCUACAGCUCAAGCACCGAAGAAGUCGAUUUCAAGCCAGGACAUCGCAGGGAAGCCUCCAACACUUCUGUCGCCUCUUCUACGGUCUCCCUUGAACAGGCGGCUGAGACUGAUCUUCGGAACCGCGUUGCUACUCCGCUCACAAACCGAGAUCUAUGA